AGUGAGGAUGCGACGUAUUUUCCUCCCUCCGUUUCCCGUAGUGAGGCUUGUCCGGUUCCGUUGGGCGUCAAACUCCCCCUCCGGGCGUUGCCUCUGUGUGAAACCAACGCACCCACGGAACGCCAAUGGGAAGGUGGAACAACAGGUAGGCGUCCUCUAAUCGCGUCCCUCCGGCUAGUGGCUGUUUUCCGGGCAAACAUGAGGACCACGCACGGCAGGAGCUCCCUUAUGAAUGACACCUGAGACCCGACUUUCCAAUGGUGCGUUUGGCUGCCAUAUUGUCCUCGGCGUUAAACUUUGUUCCUGUGGGAUUAAUUAGGAGAGGACACCCUGUGACACAGCUGAUCCCAGGAGGCCAGACGCUCUCUGACCCUGAGCUCCAUGCAGGCGGACAUGGAGGGCCCGCGGCGGCCCUCAGCAUUGGCCGCGGAGGUCCUGGAUGUGUUCGAUCGAUCGUUGACGGAGAAGGAGCUGGUGUCCCAGUCUAAAGCCUUGUGCAGGGACUACAUACUGUCUAGACUCCACCAGAAUGGACAGGGAUGGUCCAGGACCGAGCUCCACCUGUCUCCCUCAGGCGCAGCGCUCGCCGAGGUGUCUUUGGUGCUUCUGUGCCUUGGCGACGAGCUGGAGUGCAUACGACCCAGUUUGUACAGGAACGUGGCACGGCAGCUCAACAUCUCUAUUGACAUGGUUUCGGAUGCCUUCAUCGGCGUGGCAACGGAGAUCUUCUCAACAGGUAUCACAUGGGGAAAGGUGGUUUCCAUGUAUGCAGUAGCCGGAGCCCUGGCGGUGGAUUGUGUCCGUCAGGGCCAUCCAGCCACCGUUCACAUCUUGGUGGACAGUCUGGGACAGUUUGUCCGCAAGUUUCUGGUUCCCUGGCUGAAGAGACGGGGAGGAUGGGUGGAGAUCUCGAAAUGUGUGUUGAAGAAGGAACUUACCCCUGAGCACCACUGGCUGUCGUCUGCAGUGGACUCCCUGAAAUACUUCCUCACUACAGUGUACGUCUACAUCAUGAAGGAGUCGUGAAAGAGCUCACCAUAUCGUAUCUCAGACUUAUUUCUAACAAUGGAUGGAGUCGAGAUGGUCGCCGCCCGGCGCUGAAUAGCCAUCAACAAAUGUUUCAUCAGCAUCGUAUGUUUGCGUCCUCUCGGUUUUGAAUAAGCGAUUACCUAAAUCCAAAGAGUAGUCACUGUGGUAUUUAAGAGCAUCAAGAGCCAGGAAAAGGCGUGUUUCCCUCUGCUGCAGAGAAGCUGGCUUUGUAGCUGUUUUGUGCGUGGCGGUUUUCAGGUUGCACCCGUGAGAGAAACUCUUUUUACGCUUUGAUUCGAUGUUCGUCUCAGUAAAUAUGCCUGAAGGAGAAAUGAAAGUGUGAGCCACAUCGGAGAUGAAAAUGGAUCCUCAGCUGGCUGAGGCUCGAGAGUAUUCUACGUGUGGAAAAGACGUCUGUCACAUGGUGGUUUACGCUCAAGUUCUUCACCAUGACUGCACAAGCAGCGUCUCUACCAGAAUUCAACUUUCUGCCACACUUUGAGAAACCAUUGACCAAGAAAUGUUUGGUCCCAUCUUUGGCCAAAGACGGUACUUAUUGCGUCCACAUUGGUUUAGUGAAAUUGUUUUUCUGGUAUGUAUAUAUAUUUUUGAUUAGGAGUAACGAUUGAAGCCCCUUCAGUAUACAGACAACAGCUUUACAGGAUGAUUGUGUGGUAUGUGUGAUGGUUUUCACUUUAAAAUUGUUAAUUUAUAAAUGUGUCUGAACAUUUUUUUUUUUACAUCCUCAAUAAACCUUAAAUCUUCA